AUGACGCGUCGAUGUGCUGCAUGUCAUGCAAUCACGCCAUCGCACGAUGUAAAUUGUUGCCAAAAUUGUGGACUUCAGUUUCAUAAACCUCAAUUUCCAUCAUCGUCACCAAAUGAUAAAAUCGGUUCUUUCGAUAGGACACCAUCAAAACACAAACCGAAAGAACACGAUAAAUCAUCGUUGGCAAAACAUUCAAAUCCUUCACUUUCCAAUAAUGAUAAUGAUGCAAAAUCUUCGAUCCCUUGUAAAUAUAAAAGUCUUUGUGGAGAAUAUCUUAAAUCAUUGAGCUGGAACGACGCUUUAUUUGAUCGACGAUUUAAUCGUUGUUACUGUUCGAAUUGUUAUCCAAAUUCAUUGAGCAAUACUCUUGAAGAAGCUGGUUCUCUUUACGUUAUUCCACGUGGCUGGUGUCGAUUUGGUCUUCAAGUUGAUAAGGUACGAGCUGACGUUGAUCACAUAUGGCGUAAUUGGAUUGUAACCUAUCAUGGAACAUCAUCGGAAGCAGCUCAUUCAAUUGUUGCUCAUCGACAAUUUCUAAUACCUGGAGAUAAACGCAUAGAUGGCGAGAAAAUUGCAAUACUUCCUGGACAUAUCAAAGAAAAAUAUCAUAUAUACACAUCACCGACUAUAGCCUAUUCGAGUGUUGCAUGCUACUGUCCAUCGAGUCAAUUUCAAUCAAAAAUAACAAAUAAAGUUUACGAUGCACGUAUUGUAAUUCAAUGCCGACAAAAACCGGGAACAUUUGAAGUUCAGCAAGAAACAAUUGGAGCUGGUCAUAAAAGAAUUUGUCCAUUUAUACCAAAUAGUCAAGUGGAAAUAUUUACAACAGUUCGUGCAUCUAUUGUACCUUACGGAAUAUUGAUACAUUUAGCUGAAGUUUCCUAA